AUGCAAGCAGACAAGAGUCUAGAUGGCAAGGCACCUUUGCCUUGUCCUUUCCAAGAACCAAUGAUAGCACCCAAGCACAUGCAAGAUGGCUCAACGGUAGUAGCUGAGCGGUUGGAAACAGUUAAUUUAAGUAAUGACCCCUCUGCCCCAAGACCCAUCUCUGUCAGUGUUCAUUUAACAGGGGAAGAAAGGGAAGCUUUGGUGUCGUUAUUGAAGGAAUUUCGAGAUGUGUUUGCUUGGAGUUAUGAAGAGAUGCCCGGCCUUAAUCCAAACUUGGUAAGUCAUACGCUGAAUAUUGAGCUCGGUGCAAGACCUGUUGUACAAACACGAAGGAAUUUUCAUCCAGAAAUUGAGAAACAAAUCAAGGUGGAAGUCGAAAAGCUGCUAGCCGCUAGAUUCAUCAAGCCAAUCAAACACCCGACAUGGCUAGCAAAUAUCGUACCCGUGAAGAAGAAAACUAGGGUAAUCAGAAUAUGCACAGACUAUCGUGAUCUCAAUCGAGCCUGCCCAAAAGAUGAAUUCCCGCUGCCCAACAUGGAUAUCUUGAUUGAUUCAACCUCGGGUCAAGGCAUGCUAUCCUUCAUGGACGGAUUUAGUGGCUAUAAUCAAAUCAAGAUGUCUCCCAAGGAUGCCGAGAAAACAGCCUUUCGAACACCUUAUGGAAAUUUCUACUACACGGUCAUGCCAUUUGGUCUCAAAAAUGUCGGUGCUACCUACCAACGGGCCAUGACGGCAGUGUUUCAUGAUAUGAUGGGGAAAGAGGUGGAAGACUAUAUGGAUGACCUCGUAGUAAAAUCCAAAACCAGAGAAAGUCAUCAGGGAGUUCUGAGGCGGGUGCUGGAAAGGUGCCGGCUGUAUGGGUUAAAAAUGAACCCAAAGAAAUGCGCAUUCGGAGUCUCAUCUGGCAAGUUCCUGGGCUUUCAGGUACACCAACGUGGUAUAGAUGUGGAUUCUGAGAAAACCAAAGCCAUAUGCUCUCUUGCACCACCUAAGAAUCCAAAGGAGUUGAAAAGUUUUAUGGGAAGAUUGUCAUACAUUCGGCGUUUUAUUCCAGGCAUUGCUGCAAUGAUGAGUGUUUUCACUCCUCUCCUUAAAAAAGGGAAGCCAUAUAUAUGGAGCCAGGGAUGCCAAGAAGCUUACCAGCGAGUACAACAAUUGAUCACAAAGCUGCCCACGAUGAGGGCACCUAUUCCAGGACUUCCACUCAAGCUUUACUUGGCUGCGACAAAUGCUGCGGUUGGAGCUUUGCUUGCGCAGGAUGGCCAUAACGGGGAGGAAAGCCCCGUUUAUUAUGUAAGCCGACAACUGAGAGGAGCUGAAGCAAGGUACCCAAAAAUGGAACUCUUAUGCCUUGCUCUUGUCUAUGCUGCACAGCGCUUGCGACACUACUUCCUUGCCUACAAGUUACAACUCAUAGUAAAGUCCGAUCCCGUAAGAUAUCUGCUCACAAAGCCGGUAUUAUCCGGACGUCUCGCACGUUGGUUAUUGCAGCUUUCCGAAUUUGAUAUCAUAUGCACAACUCCUAAGGCCAUCAAAGGACAAGCUGUGAUUGACAUGCUAGCUCUAUUUCCCGAAGUAGAAGGAUCAACCCUUUCCAAGGAAGUCCUGGGAGAGUUGCCGGAAAUGGUUGCUACUGUUACAGAGGAGGAACCAUGGACCCUCUACUUUGAUGGGUCUUCCACAUCAAAAGGUGGAGGGGCAGGUGUUGUGCUCAUUAAUCCCUAUGGGCAAGCUACGGCCCUCUCAUUCAAGCUAGACUUUCCAUGCACGAAUAACGUGGCAGAAUACGAAGCUUUUAUUGUGGGAUUGUCCACAGCAAGAGAAAUGGGCGCAGAAAAGGUGAAGAUCAUUGGCGAUUCGAACCUGGUACUAAGUCAAUUGCAAUGA